UUCAAGAAAGCAAUACGUGUCUGCAGUGAAUUAAAAACUAUUGCAUUUAUUAUAACUUUCUUUCUCAACUCCAUAUAAAAUAAUUUUCAAAAUGAAAUUAUUCCAUUGUUUACUAUUAAUUUGCGUCACUUUUGUUUCUGGAAGAAUUCUGGAUGAAUGUGAAGUGGCACAAGAACUUUUGGAUCAAGGAUUUGAUAGGGGCGAAUUACCUGACUGGGUUUGCUUAGUUGAAAGUGAGAGUAGUGGAGAUACCAGUGUUGUUGGUGGGCCCAAUACAGAUGGAAGCUCUGACUAUGGCUUAUUCCAAAUUAAUGAUGCAUUUUGGUGUACACCUGGAGGUGCCGGUGGAGAAUGUAACGUUGCUUGUGAAGAUCUUUUGGAUGAUGACAUAAGUGACGACGUACAAUGUGCAAGAAAAAUUGAAAGCGCCCAGGGAUUAGAUGCAUGGGUAGGUUGGCAAAAUAAAUGUUCAGGAGGCCGAGCCCCAAAUGUGGAUAAGUGCUUUUAAACUUUCCAAAUAUUG